AUGAUGAACGUCGCAGGGCUAUCCGCCCGACUUCCGUCACGCAUGGCGAUCCCCGCAAUCCGCGCUCGACACUUCAGCUCCGGUCGCAUGGUGCUGAAGGAGAUUGAAGAUGCCUACAUUAUCAGUGCAUCUCGUACACCUACCGCCAAGUUCAACGGUUCCUUCGCCUCCGUGUCAGCACCCGAGCUCGGAGCUGUGGCAAUCAAGUCUGCCCUGAGCAAGAGCAAGAUUCCAGUAGAGAAAAUCACUGAUGUGUACAUGGGGAAUGUCUUGCAAGGGUCGGUCGGACAAGCUCCUGCCCGGCAGGCGUCUAUGUUCGCAGGUCUUUCUUCGAGUGUGGAGUCGAUGACAGUGAACAAGGUCUGCGCAUCGGGUCUGAAGGCUGUCGUGCUUGCCGCCCAAAACAUUCAGCUCGGUCUAGCGGAGGCUCAAGUUGCCGGUGGUAUGGAGAACAUGACCCGGGUGCCUUAUUACUUGCCUCGCUCUAGCCAGCUCCCGCCGUUCGGUGAGAUCAAGAUGGAGGACGGUCUGAUCAAGGACGGCCUUUGGGAUGUCUACAACAAGUUCCACAUGGGAGUCUGCGCAGAGCAGACUGCCAAGAAAUACGAGAUUUCCAGGCAAGAUCAGGAUGAGUACGCCAUUCGUUCUUACCAGCGGGCGCAAGAGGCUUGGAAGGAAAAUAAGUUUGCCGACGAGAUUGCUCCAGUGACGGUCAAGGGCAAGAAGGGUGAAACCAUCAUUGACCGAGACGAGGGAUACGAGAACUUGCGCAUUGACAAGUUGACCACACUCAAGCCCGCUUUCCUCCGAGAUGGAAACGGCACUGUCACUGCGGGCAAUGCCUCUACAAUGAACGAUGGCGCAUCUGCGCUGGUGCUGGCCAACAAAGCUCUGGCACGUGAGUUUGGCACUGGUGCUCGGGCUCUAGCCCGCAUUGUGUCUUCAGCCGACGCUGCCAUUGACCCCGUCGACUUUCCUGUAGCCCCAGCCAAGGCUGUCCCCAUCGCUCUGGAGCGUGCGGGAAUCACCAAGGACCAAGUGGCCGUCUGGGAGUUCAACGAGGCUUUCGCGGCCGUGAUCAAGGCUAACGAGAAGAUUCUCGGCCUGCAGGACGCAAAGGUCAACAUGCUGGGUGGUGCUAUCUCACUUGGCCACGCCCUGGGUAGUUCCGGCUCCCGUAUCCUUGUGACACUUCUCCACCAGCUCAAACCCGGCGAGUAUGGUGUUGCUGCCAUCUGCAAUGGCGGAGGCGCAGCCACUGCUAUGGUUGUGCAGAAAUUGGAGCGCGUGGAUUAA